AGACUCUUUCCAGUGCUUCCGAUCCAAAUCCCCCCUCUCUCUCUCUCUCUCUCUCUCUCUCUCUAUACAGUCUUUUGUUUCUCCUCCUCCUGGUCUCCUUGUGUCUGUACAUGAGAGAUGGAGUUGGGUUUGAGCUUAGGAGACCCAUCAAGACCAUUUGGGUUCUUGGCAAAGGAUCGAGAGGUUAAAACCACUAACACUAGUAGAAACGGCGGUGUAGGGUUUUGCAUGGGCUUGGGGAUCAACAACUCUAAUGGAAAACAAGAACAAGAAGAGAGAGAAAAAGCAAGUGGUAAAGGUGAAGAAGAAUCAGAAGAAACAUUGAAGAGAAGUAGAAGAAAUGGUGAUGAUCAUCAAAGACUCUCUAUUGAUCCUCCACUCCAGCUUGAUCUCCUCCCUCGCUCUCCUGUUCCUCGCAACACCACCCACCAAGGCGUCUCCUGGCCUUCUGAUAACGGGAGUUCGGAGGGGGGUUCGUCGGGGCAGAGGGGUUUGACGGCGGCGGCGAGGGGGUUUGAUGUGAACAGGAUGCCACCGGUGACGGCGGAGGAGGAGGCGGAGGAUGGAGCGGCGGCGGAGUCUUCCCCCAACAGUGUAGCGGCGCCGUUUCAGAUGGAUUUCUGCAUUUACAGAGGCGCCGGAAAUGGUGGAGGGAACAAGAGGGCGUCGUCUAGAGCCAGCGACGACGACGAGAACGGCCUCGCCAGGAAGAAGCUUAGACUCUCCAAAGAACAGUCUGCUUAUCUCGAAGAAAGCUUCAAAGAACACAACACCCUCAAUCCCAAACAAAAGCUUGCGCUUGCAAAACAGCUUAAUCUUCGUCCUCGACAAGUUGAGGUCUGGUUUCAGAAUCGAAGAGCAAGGACUAAGUUGAAGCAAACGGAGGUGGAUUGUGAGUACUUGAAGAGGUGUUGUGAGACACUAACAGAAGAGAACAGAAGGCUACACAAGGAGCUUCAAGAGUUGAGGGCUUUGAAGACUAGUAACCCUUUUUACAUGCAACUCCCAGCCACCACCCUCACCAUGUGCCCUUCUUGUGAGCGUGUCGCCACCACCACAACAACCACCACCCCCUCCGCCGCCGCCACCACAAAUAGUACUGACCCAUCAUCCAAAGCCACCACCCCUUUUCCUAUCUCCAGGCCCAGGUUCUACCCAUUUUCUCAACCCCAACCCCAAUCACAACCACCACAUCAAUCUUCUGCAGCCUCAUGAGAACAACCAUCUAAAUUUGUUACUGCUGGUGGUGGUGAGUAGGUGUAAAUACUGAAGCUUUUGGGGUGUGUCUGAUUCAAGCUUGCUUGUUUGUUAGAUAAGGUUGACAAUGGAUAGGGUUGUUUGAUGUUUGGGAGGUUUCUUCCCAAAUCCCUCCUUUUCUGUGAAUCGUGUGGGGGAAACAAACAACGCAUAAUAUUAAAAGAAAAAACUAGUUUGAAAUGAAAGAAUUAGAUAAGAUUAGUCCCCUCAUUUUCCUUCAUUUUCUUGAGAAGUAAAGCUGGGGUAGGAAAGAAAAUACAUGAAGCGUUUUUUUUUUUUAAUUAUUUUUGUUUUUGUUUAUUUUGCAAGGACAAGUACAAUCUUUCGAUUAUUGUUGUUUUAAUUAUAAAAUUGAUUUUGGAUGGUGGUGUGUUUUUAAUGUAUGAGGAAGAUUGUGUUGUUG